CUUCCAGACGAACAGAGCAAAGCUGCUAAAUCAUUCAAAUAUCAGAAUUUCUUUUUGGCACUUUCUUUACAAUUUACAAAGGAAACGAAAGCAAAGUAUGGAUAGGAAUGGCCUGCAACACCAAGUUGCCUGCAUGAGACGGUCCCUCUUUGAUCAGGGUUAUCUUGACGAGCAAUUCAUCCAGCUGGAGGAGUUACAAGAUGAUGCCAAUCCUAAUUUUGUACAAGAAAUUGCCACACUAUUUUUCACUGACUCAGCUAGAUUGAUUCAGAACAUCGAACAGUCACUGAAUAGUUGGCCUAUUAACUUUAAUAAACUGGAUGAUUACAUGCACCAAUUCAAGGGUAGCACUUCCAGCAUUGGAGCUAAAAAGGUGAUCAAUGAAUGCGCAGUGUUCAGCGAAUACUGCAGUGGGGGAAAUGCUGAAGGAUGCAUUAGGAGUUUACAACAAAUCAAGCAAGAGCAUGCAAUCUUGAGGAAGAAGCUUGAUAUUUACUUCCAGAUGGUGAGACAGGCUGCAGAUGCUCACAUUGCAUGAGGGGGCGGGGCCCUGUAAGACAGA